AUGGAAACAAAGAUAGAGGAGCUGAAACCAUGGCUAGAGGAAAUUGAGGGGGAAGGAAGGACGAUAAUUGGGGGUGAUUUCAAUGCGAGAACAGGAGAGGAAGGAGGAGCACAAGAAAAAGGGGAGGAGGAGGAGGGGGAAAAGAGAAGAAGAUCCAAGGACAAGAAGAUCAACGGGGACGGAAAAAGAUUGAUGGAAAUUUUAAGGGAGACGGGCUGGUCAAUUGUGAAUGGGAACGUAGAAGGGGAUGAAGAGGGAGAAUUUACCUACACAGGGGCCAGAGGAGACACGGUGAUUGACUAUGUGAUAGCGGAAGUAGUGGGGAGGGAAGGAAUUGUAUGCAUGGAAGUGGGGGACAGUGUAGACUCAGACCACCACCCAGUGAUAGUGAAACUGAGGGCGGGAGGUAUACAAAGGACGAAAGCAAAAAAGGAAAGGAGAACAACAACGAGAGGAAACUGGACGGAACAGGAGAGGAGAAAGUUCAGGGAAGAACUAAACUGGAGGGGAAGCAGGGACGGCAAAAUUGAAGAGGAUAUGGAAGCAAUUAUAGAGCAAUUCAAAAGAGGAUUAGAAAAAAGCAGAGAAAAGGAGCAGAGGAGUAAGAAAAAAGGAUGGUGGGAUGAGGAAUGCAAGAAAAGGAAAAGGGAGCUUAGGGGAGUACUAAGGGAGUGGAGGAAGGGGCGGACGGAGGGAGAAAGCUAUAGGAAAGCAAAGAGGGAAUACAACAGUUUAUGCAAAGAUAAAAAGAGGGAGGAAAACAAGAGGUUCAUAAAAGAGGUGGAGGAAGCCAGAACAGACAGAGAGGUAUGGAGAAUAGUGAACAGAGAAAGGAAGAAAAGAGAACAGGUUCACGCAAAUAUAAAGGAGGACGAGUGGAAAAUCCACUUUAUGAACCUGUUAGGUGGGACAGAAGAAACAGUAGUGAUGGGUGGCGAGAGAAAGCCGGAGGAGGAAGAAGAGGGGGCGCAAGAGGAAGAAAUAAGCAGGGAGGAAAUCAGAAGAGCGGUAGCAAAGCUGAAGGAUGGGAAAGCAGUAGGCGGAGAUGGAAUACCGAAUGAGGUAUGGAAGUACGGAGGGGAGGAAGUAUCGAAAUGGAUUUGGGAAACUUGCAACAGAGUAUGGAAGGGAGAAGGGUGGCCAGAGGGAUGGAAAGAGGGUAUAAUUGCACCAAUCAGAAAGAAAGGGAAAGGAAAACAAGCCAGUGACUAG